AUGGCGGCGAACUUGACGGUAUUGAUCUCGCGAUUGAACGAGACGAUGUACACGUUCGACCUUGCCGAGCUAGCAAAUAGCUGGAUCAACUCGUCCAGCGAGUAUUACCAAGUUCAGACGGCGAAGAGCUCGAUUUUCCCCAUCCAAAUCUCGCUGUCCUUGCUUUUAGGAAUUGGACUUGUGGUUGUUGUUGUGGCUCGCAAGACGCGUCAGCGCGUGGAGAAGCCGGCCAAGUUUGAAAUAACUGUUCCAGACGAGGCGAAGCCCAACUGGAAGGGUAAACGUCUUACUCCGGUGGACAUUUUCCAGGAAGAUGAUCCAACACAUAUUUACAGCUACUGUCCGGCCACGGCGCAAUUCCUGGGCAAAUUCCACGCAGACACCGCAGAGGACAUCGAUGUGGCGGUGGAGAAGGCCAGACAGGCCCAGAUCAAAUUUUACUCGGACAAGGAGUUCUCGGUCAAACGACGUAAAGUUUUACGCACGUUGGGCGAGUUUAUUCUUAGAAACCAAGAGUCGAUUGCAAGAGUUGCGUGUCGAGACUCGGGAAAGACCAUGGUCGACGCGUCUAUGGGUGAGAUCAUGGUCACUCUGGAGAAAAUCAAUUGGGUGCUGGCCAACGGAGAAAAAGCACUGCUACCUUCGUCCAGACCUGGAAGUUCCAACAUUUUCAUGAAAUACAAAAAGGCGGAGGUCUGGUACGAGCCCCUGGGCGUUGUCGGAGCUCUGGUCUCGUGGAACUAUCCUUUCCACAAUCUUUUGGGUCCUAUCAUUGCGGCCAUCUUCACAGGAAAUGCCAUUGUGGUUAAGUGCAGCGAGAGAGUCAGAUGGUCGUCCGAGUUUUAUAUCACUGUGAUCAAGACCGCUCUUAAGGUGUGUGGUGUGGACGACAAUCUGGUUCAGCUGGUUUGCUGUUGGGGCAAAGACGGAGACGCCUUUUCUGGCCACCAGGGUCUGUCUCACCUGACAUUUAUUGGGUCGCGUCCUGUGGCCCAGAAGGUGGUGGCAAAAGCCAGCGAGGCACUCACUCCGGUUGUUGUUGAGCUUGGCGGUAAAGACGCAGUGAUCAUCUGCGACGACUAUCUGAAAAGCAAAGGUGUCAACGGAAUAGCUUCCAUUUUAAUGAGAGGAACGUUCCAAAGUGCAGGCCAGAACUGCAUUGGAAUAGAACGGGUGAUCGUCUCUUCAGACGACGCAAACUACUCCAAGCUGGUUUCUGUGCUGUCCGAGAAGGUGAGCAAGUUGCGCAUUGGUUCAGACAUCGACCAAGGCGAGGAAAUCGACAUGGGCGCCAUGAUUAUGGGAGCAGCCAAGUUUGACGAGCUUGAGAGCUGGAUUCAGGAGGCUGUUGAAAAAGGUGCAAAGUUGCUCCAGGGUGGAAAGAGAUACGUGCAUCCAAACUACCCACAGGGCCACUACUUUUUGCCAACUUUGAUUGUGGACGUUGACCCGACGUGCCAACUGGCUACCAACGAGGUGUUUGGCCCUGUUUUGACGGUUCUUCGCGCCUCGUCCGACACGGACGCCGUGCAAAUAGCCAACUCCACCGGCUACGGUCUGGGAUCUUCCGUGUUCAGUACGAACUUCGCGCAUGCCAAGGAACUGACCUCACUGCUGAAAGUUGGAAACGUGGCCAUCAACGACUUUGCAACCUUUUAUGUUUGCCAGCUACCAUUUGGAGGAGUGAAGGGGUCCGGAUACGGUAAGUUUGGCGGAGAAGAAGGUCUUCGUGGAUUGUGCAAUGAGAAGUCUGUGUGCUACGACCGCGUGAGUCUCAUUUCCACCAGUAUUCCUGGUGUUCUGGACUAUCCUAUUGCCAACGGUAAAAAAGCCUGGAAAUUUGUUUCUGCCUUGAACCAAGGCGGAUACGACAAGAGCUACUGGCAAAAAAUCAAGGCCAUUGGAACAUUGGCCACCAGCUGA